CCUAAUGCCAUUACUGUCUACCUAUGCAGUGCAAAAUGAACACAAUAUUUUGAGUAUUCCAAGCUGCUCGAGUAUUUUGUCCGAAGUUGUCUCGUCUCUGGCAAUGGAAAAAUUCAUUAUGAGAAGUACACUAAAACACCUGCAGAUUAUUAGAAUGAACAAUGAAGUCCCCGAGUGCCGUCCUCUCUUACACUAGAUGCUCCACCCUUAAGUUGUCAGUCCCAAUGGAGACUUUAGUACUUACAGAUACAUCCACAAGUGAGAGCUUCAAUCAGAUCAGCUUAGGUUUAGAAAUUGAAGACGUAAACGACGUCGUUUGAAUUCUUCGCAAGGAUGUGAGAAUGAACUAUCCCAAUUGUACGGCCGAGAAUACGUGCGGUUUAUGUUAAAAGAGAAAAUGGAAGUUGGAUAUAGAAAGCAAUUGAAUUUUCCGAUGCCCUCUUCAAGUUCAGAUUUUGAGUUAUGAGCACAUUGGUUUUUUACCGUAGCUUAUGCCCAUCUUCAAGGAGAACACUCUCCUCUUUCAGGGUCGUCGCCUCGUCACCGGAAACUGCUGUGUCGCGGCGACAGGCGCUGGAACAAGUAGACAGGGAGCUGGCCAAGGGAGACGAGAGGGCAGCACUUUCUAUUGUCAAAGAACUGCAAGGGAAGCCUGGUGGACUUCGUUGCUUCGGUGCUGGCAGGCAGCUGCCACAAAGACUCUACACUCUUGAUGAAUUGAGGCUCAACGGAAUUGAAACAGCGUCUCUUCUGUCGCCGGUGGAUGCAACUCUUGGUUCUGUUGAAAGAAACCUGCAGCUUGUUGCUGUUUUGGGAGGGGUUGUUGCAUGGAAUGUAUUUGGAUUUAGUCCUCAGCAAUUAUUGCUUCUUUCUCUGGGAUUGUUGUUUCUCUGGACACUGGACUUGGUCUCUUUCAAUGGUGGAGUGUGGAGCUUGGUUCUUGACACGAUGGGUCACACCUUUAGUCAGAAGUACCACAACAGGGUUAUUCAACAUGAAGCUGGCCAUUUCUUAAUUGCCUACUUGGUUGGCAUUCUUCCUAAAGGAUAUACACUGACCAGCUUGGAGGCUUUGAAGAAAGAAGGAUCACUGAAUGUCCAGGCAGGGACUGCUUUUGUGGAUUUUGAGUUUCUUGAAGAAGUUACUACAGGAAAAGUAUCCGCUAUGAUGCUGAAUAGGUUUUCGUGUAUAGCACUGGCGGGAGUGGCAACUGAGUAUCUACUAUAUGGAUACGCUGAGGGGGGCCUAGCUGAUAUUAACAAGCUGGAUAUAUUGCUCAAAAGCUUAGGGUUCACACAGAAGAAAGCGGAUUCCCAAGUCAGAUGGUCUGUACUGAACACAAUCCUGCUGUUACGCCGCCAUGAGGCUGCCAGAGCCAAACUUGUAGAGUCAAUGUCCAUGGGGAACUCUGUUGGAUCUUGUAUCAGUGUCAUAGAGGACAUCAUAGAUGAUGCAGAAAUCUAAUCAUAAUUCAUCCUGCCGCGCUACGGCAUUCAACUGUUAUGGUAGGUUAGAACCAAAGAUUCUAUCAUAUUAGUUGAUUAUUUUCACACUGAAUGUAAAAGAUUUUGUAAUAAAGGAUUGAAGGUAAUGAAAUGAAUUCAUCUCUUCUUU